AAAGCUGGAAUAUAUUCCUUGGUUAGAGGAAAUGGGAAGCUAAUGACAGUGGUUACUCACACUAGCCUCCAACCACCAAGGCACAUGGAAGCAGUGGUAGGGCCUACUCUAUUCUACUCCACCUCUUGGAUGGCUGUGAUUAGGCCACAAUGGCGAGGCACCAACUUUGAAGCACCACCACCUGAUCAUUCCUCAUCAGCACCUAGCUACACACCGAAACUACAUAUUCUAACCUCAGCAUCGGCAGCAGCUACACACUGAAAGAAACCACACAUAAAUAUAUUCUAACCCCAGCAACUUUGAAGCCCUUCACUUUGAUUCUUCCUGUCUACCUAGGUUUAAAAAUACUAUGCUCCCUCCAAGAUCAAAAUGCACUGAGCUGAGCUGAUGAGCCCUCAUGUACCAGAGAAAAUAUUAAUUCGUCACAUGGGCACCCCCAAAGCUCCCUCCCCUUGGUAGGCUAUAAAUGCCUGCCCAUGACAUCUGCAUGGUUCUCUACACCACACACCAUCACCACUGCUAGCUACUCCUACUCGAUCGAUCGUCCCAGCUUUUGCCACAGACAGCAAGAGCCUAACACGUUUUCCACCCAGCAGCAGCAGCAGCUAGGAUGGCCAUGAAUCCUCUCUCCCAGGAGCACCCCAAUGCAUGGCCAUGGGGCGUGGCCAUGUACACGAACCUGCACUACCAGCAGUACCACUACGAGAAGGAGCACCUGUUUGAGAAGGCCCUCACGCCCAGCGAUGUAGGCAAGCUCAACAGGCUGGUGAUCCCCAAGCAGCACGCCGAGAGGUGCUUCCCUCUUGGCGGCGACUCUGGGGAGAAGGGCCUGCUCCUCUCCUUCGACGACGAGGCCGGCAAGCCAUGGCGGUUCCGGUACUCGUACUGGACGAGCAGCCAGAGCUACGUGCUCACCAAGGGCUGGAGCCGGUACGUCAAGGAGAAGCAUCUGGAAGCCGGCGACGUCGUGCACUUCGAGAGGGUGCGCGGCCUCGGCACCGGCGACCGUCUCUUCAUCGGCUGCAGGCGUCGCGGCGACGUCAGUGCACCAACGGCAGUGGCACCACCGCCUGCCGUGCAUGUCGUGCCAGCGUCUGGUCAGAGUCCCAGGGAGCAGCAGCAGCACCAGCAGCCAUGGAGCCCGAUGUGCUACAGCACAUCCACCUCAUACCCUACUAGCCCGGCCACCUCCCACGCCUACCGUCGCUCAGCAGAGCACGAUCACAGCGACAUGCAUCAUGCAGGAGAAUCCCAGUGGGACGCAGACACCAGGAGCUGCAGCCCAGCCUCGGCACCGACACGCCGGCUCAGGCUGUUCGGCGUGAACCUCGACUGCGCGCCAGAGCCAGAGGCAGAAGCCGUGCCCGCGACGCCGGCGAUGUACGGCUACGUGCACCAGAGCCCCUACGCCGCCGUGUCUCCAGUUCCCAGCAACUGGGGCAGUUCAUGAAGAAGAUGACGAGGAGAUCUGAUGCCAUGCCUUUCUUUGCAUGAGCUGAACAACCAGCGGUGGAACAAGUUUACUACCACCACCAGCAGCAGCCUACUACUGCUGCUAUGCACCAAGUGACAGGUUUGAAUUGACCCGUGGAAGGAAAAGAGAGGAAGUGGGGAGAUCCCUUGUUCCCCAGUCAAUCUUCCAUCCACCCAUCCACCCAUCCAUUCAUCGCCCCUUUUCUUUUUCUUCUUUUCCCCCCUUUUUGUCUUCCAGAAACACCAUUUGAUGUACGGCGGCAGGCAUGGGUUAGGGGAGGAUUCAGGAAAAAGAGAGGGGGAGAGAGAGCUAGACAGAGAGACAGACUUGUGUACGUAUGUGUCAUGUCUGUAAGUGAGUGCUUCAGUGGGGGCCAAGAAGAACCUCUGAAGCUGAUGUAUCCUCUCCUGCCUGCUCAAGAAACAUCCCCAUUGGGAUUUUGUUCUCUCCCCUCUCUUUUCUGUACAGUUCUACUGUGGUAGAGCUCAUGCAAUCAAUUGGUGGUGGUGUAACUGCUUUCACUUUUGCAAUCAAUAGGCUCAAUGCUUUCACUCCCAA